CGGCGAUGGCGGAAGCAGUAGCACAAGCAGCAGACGGUAAGCGGAAGCAAUGCGGAUCCCCACAUGGCACUACCAAAAGACGGUCUGGUCCAACAGAUGAUUGAGCGCUGGAGGUGGCUGCUGAUCACAGGUCCGUUCCAGUCGGGGAAGUCGUCAUUGAUGUAUGCCGUAGCGGAUGCUGUAGAAAGCCAGGGUUAUGGUGUUAUUGUAACCACGCUCACCGAGGGCAUGGUAGCUGCUGCGAAUGAUGCGAGUAACGAUAUGGAAGGCUCAAAGAAAUUCUUCCGGCUGCUGACUGAGUCUAUCGAGCGGGAUAGUAACGGACUUGUGAAGAGGACGGAUGCAGCAGGGGGCAUGGAACAGGUGCAGGCAAUGUUCCAGAAUGCCCCCUCUUGUCCAAAAAGAGAAGUUGUCUGGUUUAUAGACGAGGCUGCGCUCCUCAACGAUAUAGAGAGGGCAACUGUUGUUAGCUCCUUCCUCACUGGCAUGCGAGCCAUCAAGCAAGGAUGCAAAUCAAGGCAUAAAACAGCAGGUAGUUACUAUCUUCGCAGUUUCGUGUUGGUGGGAACUGCCAAGACUAAAAGGCUUCUUCAAGUCCAGAGACGAGCCAGGAUGGCUACGCAUCCUGGUGGAGGUCUUGCGUGCGAGCCAUCAUCUCCUUCUCGGACCCACGAUUCUUACAACCCUCUGUACAAUGUGCACAAUAUUUUUCCCUUGAGCUUUGAGGACACGCGCUCUUUGGAGUUUUUGACAGUGGACCAGAUUGUUGGAAUGCUCCGCGAGUAUGCACAGGAACGUGGAGUAGUCUUUACCAGGGGUGACGGUCGAAGCACAGGGACCGAAGCCGCAGUAAAGAAGAUUGCCAUCAGCAUUCACGAGCAGACCAACGGUUACAAAGGAAUGGUGGGAGCGUGCUGUGAGUACUUGCAGAACAAGAACAUUUGCACGGUGGUGAAGUGGAAGGGCGCGGUGAGGCUGGGCCGUGUUGUCGGUCAUGUCUUUGACUCGAAGGUCUACUAUAGGAUCAUGGGAAACUUUACCAAGUACCCAGCCGAACUAAGAAGCCUCGUACUGGAAUGUGUUGGUUCGGGAGGCUCUGUUGCACCCAAGUUGGUGGAUGUGCUGCCCGCCAUCAACGAUGGUAUGCUCAUUCGUCAGGCUGGCGGAAUGGUGGGCCUGAGCUCAAGCAUGCUAUUGGCGGUUUUUCUAAGGGAUUGUGGGUUCUCUUAUGAGGAAGCGCUGCCUGCAAUUGAGACAUUCGAGGAAGCGGUACAGGCUGCGGUUGUCUUCAUUAAACCGCAGCGUUUGGCGAUGGAGGCUAACAGCCAGCCUUCUGAAUACAUAUGGCAGUCUGAGUUACUCUUAGCUCUCAAGUUUGUCUUGGAGAAAGGCUACAUCAAACACAAGUACGUCAUUCUCGUUGAAGCCAAGAAGAGGGAUAAACAUGGUCAAAAAAGAGUUCGUGUGGAUUUUUUCUUGAGAAAUGCCGGAUCUCCUCCCGUCGCAUUCGAACUGCAGGGAGUCGGGAACAAGGAGUCUAUAAUCAAGCAUAUUGAGAAGAGCGAGAGGUACAGGUGCCUUUUUCACAGUGAGAUGAACUACAUCUACUUCGCUUAUGGAGACGUUCCUGAUCCUAAGCCUGUGAUUCGAGAGCAGAGCCAACGAUUCCCUCUCGUUAAAUGCUGGUUCGUUCAGUACCUUCCAGAUGGGAAUAGGUGGAACAUCGAGUGCGUACAGGGUACAUCGGAUUGGCAUUGUGUUCAGCGUGAUGCAGCCAGAAGCUAUCCAAGCUAUCUUUAUCAGGUAAGGCCGGAUCUUCAAGACCACCUAGAUGAAGAUGAUGACGAUGACUUUGCAAUCUAAAAGCAUUGGAUGCCGUUCUGACAACAAAAACCUUCUGUAGUCGUUGAAUUUAUAGCAGCCAAGCUCUUUCA